AUGGCGACGUUAAAGGAGAGCUACGUCGCGUCAUGCAUGGAGAUCCAGAGCUUGAAAUCCGCCAAGAAGCCGUCCAAGGGGCCCAAGCCUCGCAAUGUCCGUGGCGUCUCCAGGAUGCAAAAUCUGGACGGCGAAGGGUUCGAGACCCCGGGAAAUCGUGCUGAUCUCGGAGAUGCUGAUGAUUCAGAAAAGGAAGACGCCGAUGACGACGAGAAUGACGGUGCUGACCCUUCAAAAGAGUUCGCCCAAGGCCGUCUUGAUGAUCCUAUCCAGCAGCGUCUCCAGCAAUUAGAAGACAUGAUCGCCCGUAUCCCUGGUGUCCCCAGGCCUAUGGAAAAAGCUACUCCUAACAGUUAUGCUGAUUCUCCUUUUGCAGAUCCCAUAGCAUUGAUCGAGGUGCCCAAGAGGUUCUCCGUCCCGUCCAUGAAACUGUACGACGGCACCACAGAUCCCAACGACCAUGUCGCUCAGUACAAGCAAAGAAUGAUUACCAUCUCAAUCCCGAAGAAUAUGCGGGAAGCAUGCAUGUGCAAGGGAUUUGGCUCUACGCUGACUGGGCCAGCCUUGCAGUGGUUCAUUAAUCUUAAUAACGGGACCAUCUCUUCUUUUCUCAAUUGGUUUAACAGGGAAAAAGUGUCUAUCCCAAAUUGCGAUGCUAGGACGGCCAUCGAGGCAUUCAGACGCGGUCUGGAUGAGGAAUCAGACCUCUACAAGGAGCUGACCAAAUAUCCAUGUCCGACGUUCGAGGAUGCUCAAGCCAAAGCAUUGGCCCAGAUCAGGCUGGAAGAAGACAUGCAGUCCAGAAAGGCUUAUGCCUAUGCUGACAGCCGGAAAGCAACGUCCAACAAGCAAGCCUCUUGGCGUCAAAAGCCUUAUGAGCGCCCGCAGCAGGUCCAUAGCGUCCGUCAUGAUGGGCCAGUCAAUGAUUGGAAGAAUGAUCCCGGUUCUGCUGUUAAAUGGCCUUUCAGGAAUGAGAAGUCGACGGCUCAUCGCGACAAAUCCAAAUGGUGCGAAUUCCAUGGAGACCAUGGGCAUCACACUGACGAAUGCGUCGCUCUAAGGCGAGAAGUAUCCCACCUGCUGAAGCAAGGAUACCUAAAAGACUUGCUGACGGAGAAAGGUAAGCAGACGGUGUCGAAAGAUGACGACCGACGUCAACCGCCGUCAUCCCCACCGCACGUCAAGGUAAUCAAUGUCAUUAGUGGUGGUUCAGAUAUCUGUGGACUAACAUAUUCUGCAGCUAAGCGGCAUGCGCGAGACGGUCUGAAUCAAGACGCCGUCCCUAAAGAACUUCGUCACCCUCGUGACAUCGAGCUGGAAGCCAUGCCAAUCACCUUCGAUGACGCCGAUCUCGGUGACGAUAGGGACAUACACCAUGACGGCCUGGUAAUAUCUCUAACUGUCAGUAAUUGCUUACUAAAACGUGUGUUAGUGGACAAUGGCAGUUCAGCAAACAUCCUGAUGAGAGGCGCUUUAGAGGACAUGGGGAUCGAUGAACGUGACGUUAUCCGCAAAUCUACGUCCUUGUCGGAUUCAGCGGAGAAUCCAAGCACACCAUGGGAGAAGUGA